AUGACUGCUAUUAUGAUUGCAAAAUGGGUUGCUGAUGGAAUUGUCAAACAUGGACUUUAUGAUCUUUUGAUUUCUCUCAAUGAUCAUCCAUUCUUGGAUUCCAAAGCAGAAUAUAUUACUACCGCAUCUACUAUGGAUCUUUGUCAAAGAGAUACCGAAGUUAUUGAUAUUAAUCAACGAAAUACUAUUUUUGAUCUGAAGACUAAAUUAAACAAACUAAAUGACGGUUUUCCAAUAGUUGAUGGUACAAUGUUGGUUGGUUACAUUGCGGCAAAUGAACUUGAACAUGCAUUAAAACAUGUAGAUGAAUUACCUGAGUCAACAGAAUGUCAGUUCGGAAAAACUGAGUUUGAAAUAUCGAUACCAAAUGGUCAUGAUGACCAUGAACAUAAAAUUACAAAUUUUACAGCUUAUACAGAUCUGGCGCCAUUGACUGUAUCAAAAAAUGCUUCGUUAGAAGUUGUACUUGAAUUAUUUAAAAAAUUAGGGUUAAGAUAUGUUUGUGUUGUAAACUGUGGACAUUAUGUUGGUGUCAUACAUAAGAAACAAUUAUUAAUUUAUUUGAGAAAUCUUGAAAAAAGGUCUCAUAAUCAAUAA